UGACCUGUGAGCUCUGGUUUUUGCCAAUUCUUGAUUUUAGCACAGUCAUCAGCCAAUAUUAUUGGUGAGUACUGAACUUCUCUCUCGACCUGAUGGACUCAGUUGAUCACGACUUCUCAGUAGAACUCUAGUCAGCUUCGUCCUGUAGCCAGUCACUAGCGAGCAUCAUGGAUCAUUGAGUCAAGUCUUAGCGGCUGAGUGGUUUACGAGCUUGACUUGUAAUCUGAAGUUACUAGGUCCAAACCUCAGUGGAUGCAUUGCUAUGCUUUAUCAAUCUGCUUAGUACUUGCUUCUCAUUACCAAUGGUUUACGUCGUGCGAACCCAUAGUCUUCUUAGACUACGAUCAUCAUUGUUUAUUAUGUUCGGUGUAUAGUAGCGAUAAUAUGCUUGUAACUCAAUUUAGAUAAAAGUACUGAGAUUUACAAACUGUCCUACAUUUUCACUUAUGGAUAAUUAUAUGUACUCAUUGUUAUUUUUAGAAAAUAAGGUAUUAGACUUAAAUUCAUUAUUCCAACCAUUUAACUAUCAUACUCACACAUUAACAGUCAAUGAAUUUAUUGCAAAUUUUAGCUGUAAUUCAGAAAGAAAAAGAAUUAAAAGCAAUGUUUAAAAGUUUUCAAGAAAGUGGUGAGCCUAAAGGCGAAUUUGAACCAGAUGCAAACAGCACAAUAUUGAGUAAAAUAUGGCAGUUAACCAAUCACUGUUUCCUAACAUUUAAUAACUUGGCUAAACUUUUACAAACCGAUCAUGCACUGAAAUAG